AAGAGGUUCACGCCCACCGCUCUGCAUGCGCCAGCGCCACAGCAAUUAAGGAAAAAAAGAAAGAAAAGCAAAACAACACAAAUAAAUCCGAGGGUAGGGGGAUUAGUUAGCGUACGCCCAGUCCAGUUCGGACAGCCAUCUUAGCAUUCCUAGCCGUCCCCUCUGUCUAAAUGAAUCGUUCGGCAUAGUUCGAAACUGAAGAAAACAAGUCAAAUUUUGGUCGAAAAUGGUUUGGGGAUUCGUCACUUGCGGACCGAACGAGGCUCUCGUCGUCUCAGGAUGUGGCUACAGCAGGCCAUUACUGGUUCCCGGAGGACGAGCAUUUGCUUGGCCAGGAAUCCAAGAUAUCAGAAGGAUUUCGUUGAAUACCAUGACCUUACAAGUGGAAAGUAUCAAUGUAUACACAAGCCAAGGUGUGCCGAUUUCAGUCACUGGAAUUGCUCAGGUCAAGAUCCAGGGCCAGAAUGAAGAAAUGCUGGCUGCAGCUUGCGAGAUGUUUUUGGGAAAGCCAACAUCAGAAAUCCAGCAGAUUGCAUUGUUGACUCUUGAGGGCCAUCAAAGGGCCAUCAUGGGGUCGAUGACUGUGGAGGAAAUCUACAAGGACCGAAAGAAGUUCAGCAAACAGGUCUUCAAGGUGGCCUCGUCUGAUUUGGUCAACAUGGGCAUUGCUGUUGUUUCGUACACACUCAAAGACGUCCGAGAUGAGCAGGGAUACCUGACAAGCCUGGGCAUGGCCAGAACUGCCGAGGUGAAGCGAGACGCAAGAAUUGGCGAGGCGGAAGCCCGGAAGGAUGCACAGAUCAAAGAGGCGAUUGCAGAGGAGGAGCGCAUGGCCUCUCGCUUCCUCAACGACAUAGAAAUUGCCAAAGCUCAGAGGGACUUUGAGCUGAAAAAGGCAACCUACGAUGUUGAGGUGCAUACCAAAAAGGCCGAGGCGGAACUCGCCUAUGACCUUCAGGCGGCAAAAACCAAGCAAAUGAUCAAAGAAGAAGAAAUGCAAAUUAAGGUUGUGGAGCGCACUCAGGAAAUUGCAGUCCAAGACCAGGAGAUGAUGCGCCGCGAGCGCGAACUGGAAGCAACCAUUCGCAGACCGGCCGAGGCGGAGAAGUAUCGCCUGGAGAAACUUGCUGAGGCCAACCGCAACAGAGUCGUUCUGGAGGCGGAGGCUGAAGCCGAAUCUGUCCGUGUUCGAGGAGAAGCUGAAGCUUUUGCUAUUGAAGCCAAGGCUAGAGCUGAGGCUGAACAGAUGGCUAAGAAGGCCGAUGCCUGGAAGGAGUACAAGGAGGCGGCCAUGAUUGACAUGCUCCUCGACAGCCUGCCAAAGAUUGUGGCCGAGGUGGCUGCUCCGCUGUCCCAGGCCAAGAAGGUGACCAUGGUGUCCUCUGGCAACGGCCAGAUCGGAGCCUCAAAGCUGACGGGUGAAGUGUUGGACAUUGUGACUCGCAUACCCGAGUUGGUCAACUGCAUGACUGGCGUGGACAUUCGCAAGUCAGUUCAUGGAAUGUAACAAGACCUCAACCGUGGUGGCAAGAAGUGGCAGCAUCCCAUCGCCAAGCCCCAGAUCAGCACCUACACGCUAACUCGUCCAAAGACCAAAUAGGUCAUCACCUGAUUUUGAUUUGCAGAAGAGGAAACUUAUGUAAUCUCUUGCCUUUAUUCAAACUGAUCUAAUCUAGCAUGAUUAAAUUUAUAAGUUUUCCAAGAACAAGGCAAUUUUAAAUUAAUUAAUGAGCAUUUUAAACUCUGACGAAAAUUUUUAAAUUCAUUUUACCAAAAAUUCAAUCCACAAACUUCAAAUAUAUAUAAUAUUGUUGUAAUCAAAAAUUACAUUAUAUAUAAUAUGCCACUCAUGAUUUGCUGGCACUUCACCAAGCUGUAUUGUAUGCAAAUAAUGAGUAUUAACUCCAUGGAUGUAUUGAAUGCAGGCCAUGGUCAAAUCGCCUUAUUGUUUAUAGGCAUGUUGGCUUUUGGGCACCUCUCACUCAGAUUUCCUAGAAAUAUGACCUAUUUUAUUAUAUUGUACGUGUUCGCCUGUGUUCACAUAAUGUGGCUAUAAUCAAAUACAUGUAUCUGAAAAGUAUAUAAUCUCAUUGAUAAAUGAUCUGCAUCUGCAUACCUCAAACAUUAUUUUAACUUUCAUGAGGACACUAAUAAUUAUAAUGUUCUGCAAUACAAAAUAAUGAUAAUAAUAAUUGUUUGUAAUUGCUGGUUCGCUAAAGCAGUUAAACGCAUAUAUUGAUAUGUUUCAUCAUGUUUGAUUAAAUUUGUCUAUUAAUUCAAGGGGUGUUGGAUGAAGAAUAUUUUAUAAAAUGAAUAAAGCAGUAAUAAAAA